CCUGGAUCCUCUCUCUCUCCCCCAUACAGACACAGAAUGAAAAGCCCGAACCCACUUUUCGGUCGCCGGAAUAGAACCUCUGGAGAGUUUUCCACACCGGACCGUGUGACCUACUCCCCUAGCUCCACAUACUCCUCCUCCUCGUCCUCCCAGAAGUCAACUUCCGGGCGAAACCCAGUCAAACUCGCCGCCAGAUCCGUUGCCGAAGCUUUUGUCUCUUGUUUCACUCCACCGGGGACCAAGAGUUCUACGGGCUUUGGUGAUUCUGGCACAUUCAAGCCUCAUUCUGUUGUAUCGGAUGGUUCUAGUAGUGCCGGUACCGAGAGGAGACGUAGUUCAAAUCGCGGAAUUUAUGUCAGUUCUGACAAUUCAACACAUAUGAGAGAGCCUGGAAGUAUAAAAUUCACCCUUGAGGAAAUCAACAUGGCCACAAAGAACUUCUCACCCACUUUAAAAAUUGGACAAGGCGGUUUUGGUGCAGUCUACAAAGGUCGACUUGAAGAUGGAACCAUUGUUGCAAUUAAACGUGCUAAAAAGAGUGUGUAUGAUAAACAUUUGGGAGUCGAAUUUCUAAGCGAGAUCCGAACUCUGGCAAAAGUGGAGCAUCUGAAUUUGGUGAAGUUUUAUGGGUAUUUGGAGCAUGAGGAUGAAAAGAUUGUUGUUGUAGAGUAUGUUCCCAAUGGCACCCUGAGAGAACACUUAGAUUGUACACGAGGCAAUGUUAUUGAUCUUGCUGCGCGGCUAGAUGUUGCAAUUGAUGUGGCUCAUGCAAUUACAUAUCUCCAUAUGUACACAGGUAUGUGUUUAAGGCAGCCAAGUUGA